AUGAUAUACAAAGAUGGUUUAACAGUGGGCAAUAUAACUGUCCUCAGGAAGUCCGGUAGUCGUAGCAUCAGUGACGACACGCGCUGGGCCUAUCUUGACCAUCCAUCCGACAUCCUAGACCUUCAGAGCUUGGAUAAGGGCCUGGGUUCUGACCACAGUACUGCCCGGAUGGCAUCAUUCGAAUGCAACGUCGAGGGUAUCACUGGGUACACAGUGGUCACUGAUGGGCAUCGCACAGCUACUGUCCAUGCCCAUAGAUCUGACGAAGAGUUUAGAUUCUAUGCCGAGAUAGAUUACUCAUGGCCUUGUGGCUUCUUCAUUUACAUGCCACUGGAUAAGGGUGAAUAUCUGACAGAGAUCUGCCGAAGGCUUGGAGAAGAUCCUCACUCGGACGAAACAGGCUCAGGCAGUUUGGUGGUAUGA